UAAAUAAACUAUAAUCAUAGAAAAAAAUAUGUAUAUAUUAUUCGGUCAUUUCCCCAAAUUUGCCUGUUGCUCGAACUACCAACAGCUGCAACCCAUACGGCAUUACAGGGCGUCCACAAAACUAUCAAUUUCUCCCACAAAAUUUUCGGCUGCAGAAAAUAUGAGCGUAAAACCAACAGUCGCCUUAAGAGCUAUGCUGGUUGGAGGUGUUGCCGCCUUUGCUAAGAUAGCAGGAGCCGCGAAAGCCGCUGGCGGUGCUAAGUUGGGUGCGGCUGCCGUGGCUGUGACAGCCGCCGCUGGUGCCACGAUGUCGGGGUCAAAACAGGAAGCUAACAAGUCAACCAAGUGAAGUUUUUGUUAUACAAGUAGAUAGGGUUGAUCAAUAAUUUGGUUGUGAACUCAUGAGGAUUUAAUCUUACCAUACAUUUCUGAAAUGAUUUGCAUUUAGAUGAAAUGGUGACUUAAAUUUGUAGUUGUUAUAAUCUGGUUUACAUUUAUUCGAUCCGUUUUUGUAAAAUGGUAUGAGAAUAUCGAACGAGAAAAUUAUCUGUUUUGAGUU